AUGGGUAUAAUUACAUCCUGCUGUAGACCAUCUGCUUCAGAAGUACUAACACCAGAUGCCGAGACCAGGCGUCGUCAGCAGAGUGAGGCAGCUGAGCGACGUGUGGCAGAAAAUGCUACCCGAGGUAUCAAAGAUGUUGAGAAAGUUCAACGCAUGCAACAGAGAAGUGAGGAGAUGGAGAAGAGGGAGAGGGAACUUGCUCAGCAGGGUGGAGCUUCCUUGAAGUGGACGGCAAACUGA